AAUAAUCAUCUUUCUAGUGAUUAACUCGUUGAGUCUGUUCUGUCACGAGAACUGUACAGGCUGUAUGAGGAUCUUACUUCGACAUGGCAACCCUGGCGCGCGUCCGCCCCGUUCAGUUUUCUGCGCCGCGCCUUCCCAAACCCGCUCCAACUUCUCCAAGUGCUGGACACCAAUCUGGAUGAUGUUGAUGGAGCUGAAGUUCAGGUCCUGUGUGGAAGGAAUAUUAUUUAUGUGUUAAAAAACACCUCGUGUUGGUGUUGAUGACUCGGAUCUCCAGCCCGCAUGCGCAUGAAAGGGACUGCAGCAGUUUGAGAACUUUCAGGAGUUUUAGGAUCUUCAGGAGCUUAGGGAUGCAGAAUGGAUCCCACAUCAGACCUGCUUCAAACUACGGGCUGCACAUGGCUGAGUCCCAUCAGUAUGUUCCUGGGAAUUCCUCUGGAUCAGGUGAACUUUAUCAUGUGCCAGAUCUUCGGCCUGGCUGCUGCCUCCUGGUUUCGGCUGUGUCUCAGACCUCAGCGGGUCGGCCCAGCUGUGCGCCACACCGUCGCUAGUUUCUUGGGGUCGUUGUUCGUUAUAUUCUCCUUUGGAUGGUAUUCCUCGCACGUCUUCGUCCUGACGCUCAUCUGCUACGUCAUCCUGCACAGAGCGAGCGUACACACUGUUCACUGGUACACGAUGAUCGUGGCGAUGGGCUACCUCACGAUGUGCCAGGUCAGCAGGGUCUUCAUCUUCAACUACGGUAUCCUGGCCACAGACUUCUCAGGGCCACUGAUGAUGAUGGUGCAGAAGAUCACCACUCUGGCCUUUCAGCUUCACGAUGGAAAGUGUCACAAGCAGGAGGAGCUCACUGCGGAACAGAGACGUCUGGCUGUAAUCACCCGGCCGUCACUGCUGGAGUACCUGAGCUACACGCUGAACUUCAUGAGCAUCCUUGUGGGGCCGUGCAGCAACUACGGCGACUACACCGAGUUCAUCGAGGGACACAACGUGCACAACAAACUCCGACACAAACUGCAGCACAACGGCUACGAUGCACAAGCGGAACCCUCGCCUGUGAGAGCCGUGUGUCAGAAGCUGAUGGUGUGUGUCGGCUGCCUCUUCUGGUACUUCACAAUCACCAGCAGGUUCCCGAUCGGCUACAACGUGGACCCGCGGUUCAUUAGCGAGGCCCCGUUCCUCAGCAGGCUCGCGUACGCCUUCGUCUCCACCCAGGCGGCUCGGCCUAAGUUCUACUUCGCAUGGACUCUCGCUGAUGCAGUCCAUAACGCAGCGGGAUACGGAAUCAGAGGAUUAGACCAGAAUGGCCGAGUGUCCUGGGACCUCGUCUCGAACAUCCACAUCUGGGAAAUCGAGACAGCGACCAGCUUCAAAUCAUUCAUAGACAACUGGAACAUUCAGACAGGGGUGUGGCUCAAAAGUGUGUGUUACGAUCGUGUGCCGUAUUUCCGGACACCAUUGACAUUCCUACUGUCGGCGCUGUGGCACGGAGUUUACCCUGGAUAUUACUUCACCUUCCUCACAGGCAUCCCCAUCACACUCACCGCCCGUGCUGUCCGCAGGAAUUUCCGCCACCAUUUCUUGCGCACGCGUGCCGUCAAGCUGGCGUAUGAUGUCAUCACCUGGGCGGCGACGCAGUUGACCAUCUGUUACACCGUCAUGCCGUUCUUACUGCUGGCCGUGGAGCCGACCAUCAUCUAUUACAGGUCCAUGUACUUCCUUGUGCACAUCAUUAGCAUUCUGGCGGUGCUCGUCCUGCCCAACAGACCCAGGAGGCCUGCUCUCCAUGCCCAGCACUCCAACAAUAACGUGAAGGGAGAAUAAAUACCUCGCCAUGUGUGUGUGUGUGUGUGAGUGUGUGUGUGAAACUGCAAUGGCAUGAGGGCUGCACAAAGGACGCUCUGUGUGACCGACAAAGCGAGCUGGGCCAGAGCGUAACUGCCUGCCAUAAUGUGUCCUUACUCGCGGUUCAUGAACACACACACACACACACACACACACACACACACACACACACACACACUCUCUCUCUCUCUCUCUCUCUUCACGGACGAUGAUGACUAAACUGUAGGUCUGAAAAAGGACUAAACAGCCCUGCAUCAUCACGCCACGCUGCACUAACUGUUAUGAAGACAAAAUGGACACAUCACGUCUUUACUAAGUAUAUUAAUUGUGUCAUUGCUAAGUGUUUUUAAAACUUUAAACUGGGGGUAUUACACAGGGACCAGAGUAUUAAUUAUACAUUAAUGUCUAAUAUGUAUUUAUUAUAUAGAAAAAACGAACAAAAAAAAAACCCCCACAGUGCUGUGAAAAGGUAUUUGCCCCCGUUCUCAUUUCUUCUGUUGUUGUUUAUAUCUCAUACUAAAUACUUUUAGAUUUUCAAAUGCAAUUCAACACACAUUUUUAUUGAAGCAAACAAACUUAUCCAACACCUAUCAGCUGUGUGAAAAUCUAAUUGCCCCCUUAAACGUAAAAUCUGGUUGUGCCACCUUUAGCAGUAAUAACUGCAACUAAACGCUUCUGAUACCUGGAGAUUUACUCCUACGCUUCGGAUCAUUGUCUUGCUGCAGAAUCCAGUCACGCUUGAGUUUCAACUUCUCCUUUAGGAUUCUCUGGUAGAGAGCAGAAUUCAUGUUUCCCUGAGGACCCAGGACCUGAAGCAGCAAAGACUUUUUAAUCAACUUCCUGCUGUUGAGAAAGUUCUAUUUAAGUGUAGAUGUGAUUGAACAGGGUGUGCAGUAAUCAGACCUGGUUGCGUCUCGUCCAGCUGAACCCCAUUAUGAAAGCAGUUUCAUAGAUUUGGGGAAUUAGUAACUAUGGGGGCAAAUACAUUUUCACACAGGCCCAGCUGUUUUUGGAUAACUUUUUGUUUCAAGAAAUAACAUUAUCAUUUAAAAACUGUAUUUUGUGUUUACUCAGGUUGCCUUUGUUUUAUCUUAUAUAUAUAUUUUAGUGUGUGCGUAUAACAUUGAGUUUUUGAUAAAACAUUUGAGAGCUACCUUUUUUUAAAAGAUAUCUUUUUGAAUAAAAAAAAUAAAGCGAGGUUUCAAAUAAACAA